GGAGCGCGCGCCCAUCUGCCCGCACGCCGGCGGGAGCAGCGGUACUUGAGGACCUUGCCCCAGGCGGAUCCCCACUCUCCCAGAUCCGUGCCCCUGGUGGACACACAACCCCUCCCCCCCACCACCACCGGUCCCUCGCCCACACCUGCAGUCGUUCACUGGGUCCACUUAGGAGUGGCCGAGUCGGGGUUUUGCCUCAUUCUGUGAUGGCGGCCCAGGUUUGAUAGCUUGGAGUUAACCGGGGAUGCUGUGGUGUGAUGAUGGAAGAAGAAGCUAGUGACACUGACGUAAAUAAUGAUUCACUCGAGCUGCCUGUUUUCAGCUUCACUGGCCUUCGAAGCCACACAGCCUAUGAUGGCAUGCUGGAUUCAGUUGUCAUAGAAGACUCAGUCCCUGAAAGCUGUGACCCUCUGUUGGCCAAAACUAGAUGUUCUCAGCGGAAUCUCAGUCAUUCUGUUAAGUGCUUGCCUAAGGAAGUAGUAACAGUUGUGAGUAGCGAGAGUGAUGGUGAUGAGGAUCUAAUUAUUCCUUUAUAUGAUAGACUGAGGACAAAGCUCACUGGGAACCAAGAUGUUGAGAAACCUGAUCACUCAAUUUCUAAAUUUAGUCAGGAAAAUUCCAGCCAUAAUUCUGUGCUUGGGGCUUCAAUUCCCAAUAACCCUCAACUUAACCAAAUCGAUCCUGAAAUUAAGAAGACUGAUGUUGUGCUCAAUAAGGACCAAUCCACGGGAACUACAUUCAUUAGACAAAGAGCUUUUGCUUCACGCUCAACAUGGGACAUUUCAGACUCAGAUGAGGGAGAUCAAGUGUGCAUGUUGCAACCAACAAAAUUACAUGAUCCUCAUUUAAAUUCAGCUCAACUGAGUGUUAGGAAUGCGCCAUCUUCCAAGGAUGUGGCAUCAGAUCAGUCCCACCCACAGAAAAAAAUUAAACGGAAUGUAGCAGAAAUAGAAAAGGCUCAACAGGAGGCACUGAGAAAACGUCAAGAACGAGAGCAGCAGCGAGCAGAGAAGGAAAUUAUUCGUCGGCAACGGGAAGAAGAAAAAGUGAUGAGAAAGGAGUUAGCUGGCAUUGAGAAGAUGUUGAGACCAGGGGAAUGUCUGAAACACAUGUUGAUCUCCAUUGAUCCAGGGCUGCUUCAGGUAGAAGGAGGUGGACAAUUGCUGAGUACUCUACAGGCCAUGGAGGUUAGCUGUGUAAUAGAAAAUCAGACUAUUCCCCACAGUGUGACCUGGAGGAGACAAAUUCGCAUUGUAGGUCAGCAGAUGAAUGAAAAGACAGACUGGGUGGAUGAGCUUCAUGUUCUGAUCUACAUUCCACUGGAGGAGUUUGUUUCUAUGGUUCACAACUAUAAACAGGAAGUGCAAGGUGCUGUUACUGAAGGCCAGGUGACAUUACAGAGUUUUGCUCUUGAUAUCCUCCAGAAAAGUGUUCAGAGAGUUCCAUGUUUGGUUGUUGUGGAUUUGGAAAAGUACUUCAGGCCACAGAAGAAGCACAGGUCACAGCAGACAGCGUCCAGUGAAGAACGAGACAAGCAGAGAAAGGCAAAGGGCUUUGAUCAGCAUAUGCCGCUGAUAUCACGAGUGGAUGUAGAAGUAGCUCUCGUGCAUUUGCAGCUGUCUGUCGGGGCUCAGCUCCAAUUGUUGGAGACUUGGAAGGAGUUUGCAGAUUUUAUCAGCAUGUUCACCAAAGCUGUGGCUGAGGCCCCGUUCAAGAGAGGACGGGAGAACAAGGGAUUCUCCGUCUACUUGGAGGGUGAUGGGUCCAGAGGGAUGAAGGCAGAUCGUUCAGGGAAAGGUCUCCUGAGCAUUUGGAAGAAACAGAUCCAGCAAUUAAACAGAGUUAGCUCUGAGAUGGCAAAUGCCAUAGUGUCUGCCUAUCAAUCACCAUGGUUACUUACUCAGGCAUACCGAAUGUGCAGUUCUGAACAAGAAAAGGAGAAUCUGCUUGCUGAUAUCCCCGUUCGACGUGGAGAGGGAGUAACCUCAACGACACGAAGGAUUGGACCAGAGCUGUCAAAACGGAUCUAUUUUCUGAUGACUUCCACGGAAUCUGAAAUUUUUCUUGACUAACAGAGUAGCGACUUCUUCCCAGGACUUAGUGCAGAAGCAUCUGGAAUCAUUUAGCUUUUUGAUUCCUUUCCAUUGAAUAUCAGCAUUUCCCUUCCCUUCAAUGACUGAGUCAUUACUAAAUAAGCUGAUGGCAGAUCAAUGGUCUUGAGAAUUGGUUUGUAGUUUCACAGUAGGAGCAUAUAGAAACCAAUUGCCACAGCUUAAGUUACCACCAUAGCAGUAGUAUAGUCUCAGUACAUAGCAAAUUUACAAUUCCACUUUGAUUUAGUUUUCAUUGGUGGGUUUUAGUUCUCAUACACACAUAUGUUAGGACAUUUACCUCCAUCUUUCAUAAUCCAGGUGUGCUGGCUGCUGAGCAUUUGAAAAUGAGACUUGCUCUUUUUGUGCUUUGUGCCACUUGUUUCCCUGGGCUCCUCACCAAAGUUGUCAUAAAGCCAGGAGUUUGGAGAGGCAUGAGUGACCUCUCUACAGAGACAUUGUAAAGAACAGUCAGUGCACACCUACUUUUGUACUCUAGCACAGUGAUCCAACUUAUGUAUCACUUUGAGACUGUUUGACAAAUUUGAAGGCUGGCUUGUUCCCUGAUUGGCUGAUGGGUAAAGACGCUGCCUUGUGUGGUACUGAACCACAUAAAUCACAAAGUCUCAGCUUUGGUUGAUAGUUUGUGCUGGUGGAACUAAUCUCAGCUAGGGCAGCAUUUGGAACACCCGAGUCCUUCAGCUGAGGAAAAGGUUGCCCAGGGAUCCACACUCUGUCCAGUGACCCUUGUGUGGACGUCGGGUGAGGAUGAGAUCAGGCUGUACUUUGAUGCCUUCACAUCUGUCAUUCAAUUAUUCUUUUACUUUUCAGUUUCCAAUUAUAAAGCGUUUUUUUGGGUGAGUUACUGGGACAAUUAUGAACUGAACCCAGCAAGAGUCAGAGUUUUAAGGGGAGAAGAAAAUGUGCGUUUCUUCAUCGCAUUCAGGAUGAAAGAGUAGAUUUUUUAUAAAAGAUAGUGAUUAAGAGUAAAUGUGUUGGUAAAGCUUUUGAUCAUUUUCUGCAUUAAACUUCAUGAUCAUUUCAUAGAAUCUUAGAGUCAGAGAUAUUAGAGCAUAGAAAGAGGCCAUUCAGUUAUCAAGGCUCUCUAGAGAAACCCAGUUAGUCCCAUUCCCCAGCUCUAGGCCCUAGCCCUUCAUGAUUUUCCUCAAAUGCCCAUCCAAUUUUGAAAUCAUUGAUCAUCUCUGCUUCCACCACCCUCGUGUGUAGUGAGUUCCAGGUUAUUACCACUCACUGCAUAAAAAAAGUUAUUCCUCACAUUCCCCUGCAUCUCUUGCCCAAAAUCUUAAAAUUUGUGUCCCCUAGGCUAGUACUAUCUGCUAAUGGGAACAGCUUUUCUUUGUCUAUCUUAUCUAAACCUGUCAUAAUCUUGUACUGAGGCUCCAGAAACAGAAUUAUCCCUUAUCGUUCCUGCUCCCCAUCUUACAAAUGUGAUGUCUUGUUAUUCAAUAGCAUCCAUAUCCACCUCUCGCUUUACAUGCCACGAAUUUUGCCACUCUAUCAAAUACUGCAUGGCUAAGAAUUAAGAUCUUUCUGCAGUAUUCCAUCAUACACUCCCACAGUGGAUUUAACGUGGGUUAAAUACAGAACCAAGUUUUUUUUUAAACCCCUCUUAUUCGUUCAUGAAAUGUGGAUACCUGUGGUAAGAUCUGCAUAUAUUGUCCAUCCCCAAUUGCCCUUGGGAAGGUUGCUCUGAGCUGCCUUGAACCAUCCUAGGCACAGCCACAAUGCUGAUGGGGAGGGAGAUUCAGGAUUUUGACAGUGACAAUUACCAGAAGAGUGAGAUAUUUCCGA